AUGUCUUCGGGCGCCAAGCGACUGGUGCAGUCGCUUAGGGGCCGGACCGGGGGUAGAGGCACCGGCGGCGGUCGUUCCGACGCCGGUGCCGGGGAGGAUAGCGGCGUCGGGGGUGGCGGGGCCAGCACCAGCGCGACGAGAUUGUGCCAUUACGACAGCGGGCAUGAGCUCGACGAGAUCUCAGUGAUCGGGGCUACCGUCAGGGACAACGAGGGACUGACGACGCCCACUACGCCGUGUCACUGCAGAAGUAUCAAGUACGGUAGUGGACAGACGCUUUGCAGCAUCGCCGGAUUGCCGCCCGCCCCGGCCAUACCCGCGCACAGAGGACAGUCCGGUGCCAUCACAGGCGGGGUGAGGCAUCGCCUGAGCUGCGGCUCUGCGUCCGCCCUGAGCUACGGGGGCGAGAAGUAUGGCAGAAGCGGAAGGUCCGGCGACGGUAGAGCCGGGGGCGGCGGCAGGGAGAAGGAGGAUGACACCAAGAGCGCGGAGAACGUGUCCAGGGGGGUUUUACCCUCGAGGCAGAGCCUCUUGGACCUCGUCAGCGGUAAAUUCAUGGGCCGACACACACCCACUCACCACUACUACUAUCAGCAGCAGCAGCAGGUGUAUUCUGUGUCGCAGCGAUACUUCAGCUCGUCACGGGACUCGCUUCAGGGGGGAUACGUGAAUCGGGGGGCGAGCGAGCUCGAUCUGAGCCGCAAGCCGAGAAGAAGGGACCACCUAAGGGGCAGAUUCAAGCUACCAUAUACAGUUGCGCUCACGUCCUCGCGUGACCAAUCGCACCUUCACACACCGGCGUCAGUCAAUCAUCUCAGCAACAGUAGCUGCAACGGCACUGAAACGAGGUACACGGCGCAACAACAGCAACAGCAACGCGGUAGUAGAGGCUUUCCCGGGCAACCUGGAUCGAGGGGUUUUCGCACGGGUGCGCCAAAUUGGUCCUUCAUCUUCGAUCCUGCGGGACGUCUUUGUUACUAUUGGUCGAUGGUGGUUUCUCUUGCCUUUCUUUACAAUUUCUGGGUGAUCAUCUAUAGGUUUGCCUUCCAGGAGAUCAACGGAGAAACUCGUUGGGUGUGGUUCUGCCUGGACUACUUCUCGGAUUUUUUAUACGUGCUCGACAUAGUAUUUCACAUUCGAACGGGAUACUUGGAAGACGGCGUGCUGCAAACCGACGCCACGAAAUUGAGAAAUCAUUAUACGAACAGCACCACGUUUUACAUAGACAUCCUGUGCCUGCUGCCCCUCGACUUUUUAUACUUAUCUAUAGGAUUUAACAGUAUGCUGCGAAGUUUUAGACUCGUAAAAAUUUACCGGUUCUGGGCGUUCAUGGACAGGACCGAGCGACACACGAACUACCCGAAUCUGUUUCGCUCCACCUCCUUGAUACAUUAUUUACUAGUGAUCUUUCACUGGAACGGGUGCCUCUAUCACAUUAUUUAUAAGAACAACGGCUUCGGCAGUAAGAACUGGGUGUUCAGCGACUCCGAGACGGCGGACGUUGUCAAGCAAUAUCUGCAGAGCUACUACUGGUGCACUCUUGCCCUAACGACCAUCGGUGAUCUGCCCAGGCCGAGAAGUAAGGGCGAGUAUCUCUUUGUGAUUGGCCAGCUGUUCUUCGGUCUGCUGCUGUUCGCUACGGUGCUGGGUCACGUCGCAAACAUCGUCACUUCCGUCAGCGCGGCGCGGAAGGAGUUUCAGGCGAAGCUGGACGGCGUGAAGACUUACAUGCGGAUGAGAAGGGUGCCGAAUCACUUGCAGGUUAAAGUUAUCAAGUGGUUCGACUAUUUGUGGCUGACGCAGAAGUGCUCCGACGAGGAGAAAGCAGUGAGUUGUCUUCCAGAUAAGCUGAAGGCAGAGAUCGCGAUAAACGUGCACCUGGACACGCUGAGGAGGGUCGAGAUCUUCCAGAACACGGAGGCUGGCUUCCUGUGCGAGCUGGUGCUGCGACUACGGCCCGUUCUUUUCUCACCUGGCGACUACAUCUGCCGCAAAGGUGAGGUGGGAAAGGAGAUGUACAUAGUGAAUAGGGGCCGACUGCAGGUGGUGGCCGACAACGGGAAGACGGUGCUCGCCACCCUUAAGGCGGGUUCCUACUUCGGGGAGAUCAGCAUUCUCAAUAUGGGGACCGCAGGUAAAGAGUGCGGUAACCGGCGAACAGCCAGCGUGCGCUCGGUCGGCUACUCGGACCUCUUCGUCCUCAGCAAGAAGGACAUGUGGGACGUGCUCAAGGAGUAUCCAGCUGCCAGGGUGCGCCUUGAAGCCAUCGCAGUCAAGAGGCUGGAGAAGUACAAGAGAGCUCCUCUGGAGAAAGUCGCCAUGGGCAGGUGCCAGAGCACGCCCGGUCUGGUGGAAUCGCGAGGCCGUAUAUCGCUGGAGGAUAUGUGGGUAUCGCCGAUCGACCUCAAGUCCAGUCACGCGUACUCGACGGCCGCCUCGUUGUUCUCGCCGAGCCCGAGCCCGGUGACGUCUCGCGCCAUGCCGGGCGCGGGGAUCGCGGCCGACGCGAACAACGUGCCUAGGGGUGCGGAGAGCCCGAUAAGCGGGGCCAGCAGCGGCCCCAGCAGCGAGGACCAGACGGCCAGGGCGCCUCCAUCAGGCGUCACCCAAGCCUCCACCGGCAGGCAGUCCACGCACUCCGGCAUGACUUGCAACAGCAUGACGCAGCUGAUGAGCGAUGUUACGACGCCUCUGUUUGGCACCCACGAGGCUCUGCUGGCGGAGAUUCACCGUCUCCGCGAGCGCCUGAAAGGCCUGGAGACCGAGAACGCGGCGAUGAGCGUCAAGCUCAACCAGCAGCAGUGGGAGGUCGAGCACCGGCUGGCCGAAAUCGAGAUGCAGAUCUGCGGGGCGAGCUCGACCUCGAGCGUCGAGGACAACAAUGAGAGAAAUCGGGAGAGCAUUAUUUAACGAGAAACAAUGCCGCGAGAGCGCGGCAAGACCAAGAUCGAGCGGAUACGCCACUACCUUGUCGGUGCCGCUGACACCAGGUGCCUGUUACAUCUUGUGUCUUUUCGCCCGCGCGUCUUGUAUCAUUUUAUUUCUUUUAUAUUGCAUUACUACGAUCAGUUGCAGGAUUGUUGCCGACGCUUCGCCGUUUGCAUGUGUCUUUUCUCUCCUCGCAUACACCACGCAUACUCAAUUUUGUAAAAUCGCACUCUGCGCACACCCGCACGUUGCAGUCGCUAUUAUUACUGACCGGCCCGGUGCUUCCGCAGGUACGGCAGUCAGGAGGAGCCGGACGACGCGAAGGUCCUGAGCGACACCAAGU